GAGACAAAAUGUGGAGUUUAGUUUGAUUUAAAAGUUUGUGUGAACAGUUUGCUGUUGCUUACGGCCAUACCAGCCUGAAUACGCCCGAUCUCGUCUGAUCUCAGAAGCUAAGCAAACUGCACAAUUAAAAUCACAAACUAUGAGACAAUAAAAUGCAGUGACUUCAUUGACAGUCUAACAGUAGGAAACCAUGAGGUGGUGUGUUUACUUUAACAGUCAGAAUAUUUCUAAUUAGUUGAUAAAUGAAACGGCUCCAUCUGCUGGUGAGAAAAUGAGACAUCAGCUGUUGAUCAUUUACUGACAAGGAAGAGAAAUGAAAUCCAAAGUUGACUUUGUCAUUGUUGAAUGGAGGUGAAACACCAUUACGGAAUAUCUGAGCUGAAAACAUGAACUAGAAAGACUAAACUGCAGUUCUACAACACCGGAGUUUGAGUCUGACUGCUGACGGAGAAUUCAUUCAAACACCAGCAUCUAAAGGAGACACGAUUAACUGCAGUUUUACUGAAAUCAAGUCCACCCACAAGACCAGGAAAGAGAACUUAAAGUUUACGUUUCUGAUCAGAGCGGAGACGUCGUUACCUGAAACUGUGGGAUCUGUCCUGAAGAACACUGACUGGAGGACUGGAAGUCAAAGGGACUGAGUUUUGGUGAGUCUUGUCGUUGAAAAGAAAUCUGGAAAUCAGUGGAAAUGGCUGAGAAAACUGCUGUUGUUGAAAGUUUCCUGAUUUGCCACGUAUGUUCAGAGACUUUCAGAGAUCCUGUGUCUCUGAGCUGCAACCACAGUUUCUGUUCAAGCUGCCUGCAGGAAUUCUGGGAACAAGCUAAAAACAAAAACUGUCCCAUCUGUAAAAGAAAAUCCUCUAAAGAUCCAGAAGUGAACUUUACACUGAAGGAACUGGCCGUUUCCUUUGCUGGGAGACAGAAAACUGGAUCAUCUGAAGCAGAAAAAGUGGAGCAGAAAGUGGAGGUGGAGUGUAGUAAACAUCCAGAAGAAGCUCGAUUGUUCUGUAAAGAUGAAGGCAGAGCUAUUUGUCCUGUCUGUGAGUUUUCUCUCCACCAGAGUCACACAGUGGUUCCUAUAGAACAAGCAGUCAGUGACCUGAAGAAAAAGCUGAAAUCUGACUUAAAGUCUCUGCAGGACAAGAAGGACAAAUACAAACGAGUGGAGGAAACGUACGGAGAAAUGAGAGAACACAACAAGAAUCAGCUGUUGUCCACAGAGAGGCAGAUCAGAGCAGAGUUCAACAAACUCCAGCAGUUCCUGAAGGAGGAAGAGGAGUCCAGACUGGCAGCUCUGAGGGAGGAAGAGGAGCAGAAGAGGAAGACCAUCAGCAGAGAGAUGGAGAGGAUCCAGGAGCAGAUCUCCUCUCUGUCAGACAGCAUCUCUGCUGUAGAAGAAGAGCUGCAGAAACACAACAUGUCGUUCCUCAGAGGUUAUAAAGACGCUCAGACCAGAGCCAGAGCCCAGAGCUCACUGUCAGACCCACAGCUGCUCUCAGGAGCUCUGACAGAUGUGGCCAAACAUCUGGGCAACCUGUCCUUCAGAGUCUGGGAGAAGAUGAAGGAGAAGGUCCACUUCAGUCCUGUCAUUCUGGACCCAAACACAGCAAACCGCUGUCUCUAUCUGUCUGAUGAUCUGACCAGUGUGAGAUAUGGAGACACAAAGCAGAAACUUCCUGAUAAUCCAGAGAGAAACACUAUGUAUGUAAUAGUUCUGGGCUCUGAGGGCUUCAGUUCAGGGAAACACAGCUGGGAGGUGGAGGUGGGAGAUCAUCCUGAGUGGUUCAUAGGUUUGGCUAAAGAGUCAGUUGACAGGAAGGGAAAGAGAAAGGCUUCACCAGAAUAUGGAAUCUGGCGUUUAGCAUAUCAAGGUGGAAAAUACAUUGAUGUUGUUGGUCAGAAUGUCAGAGUGAAGAAGAAUCUCCAGAGGAUCAGAGUCCAGCUGGACUAUGACAGGGGGGAGGUUUCCUUCUACGACUCUGAAGACAUGACUCAGAUCUACACUCACAGAGACACUUUCACUGAGAAACUCUUCCCAUAUUUCAGUAUUGGAAAGUCUGGAUUUGCCAAAACUACUGAUAUUAAAAUCUGUCCCUCUGAGAUUUCUCUGAUGAUCAGGAAAGUUCUUUAAUGGUCCAAACUCUCAUCUUAAAACCCUAAAAUAACUCCAGCUUUAUUUCACUCUUCAUCACACUUUACAGUCAAACCUUCAUUCUAGAUCUUCACAUUCUUCAUUCUGUCUUUAAAACACAUCUGAUGUCACUUCAUAGUUUUUAUCACUGAAAUCUGUUCAACAACCAAAAUGAUUUUCAUCAACAAAACUGUUCAAAGCUGUUAAAACGUGCAGAAAUGACAUUUUCUGUACUUUGAAUUCAGCGUGUGUUUAAAUGAGACGAGAAGAAGAAGAAAAAGAUCCACUAAACUCUGAGACUGGAUCACAUCAUCAGUUUAAAGGUGGAAAUGUUUCAAUGUGUACAAAGUGAGGCUGAUUAUCUAAAUGUAGAUUCUGAUCCUGGUCAGCAGCAUCUGGACUCAACAUCUGGAUCAAAGACUUUGUUUGACUUUUUCUUUUAUCCUCAUCAGUCGUGUUUUUUCUUUGUGAGAUUUCUUCAUUUAUUGUUCGGUUAUUUUAGUUUUUAAAAUGUUUUCUGAUCUCCACAUUUUCUACAUUUUUGGGAAAUCUUUGAACAUUUUUUGGUGGAAA